UUUUUUUUAAGUUUGGCAUCUGUCAAAACAAAAAUGCUUCGACAUUCAAUUUGUCUAAAGCAAAUAAUAACAAGUCGAUACACAAUUGCUGGAGGUGCUAGCGUUUUUAAUAUAAUACAAAAGACAUGUUAUUCAACAAAACCAGGUUAAAAGCAACCACUCAUAAUAUAAAACAAAGUAUUUAUUUCUUUAUAUAUAUGUAUAUACAUGUAUAGAAUUUGAAAUUGGUAAAGAAGAAACGAUGGUUAAUGGUCAACGAUUUCCAAGAGAUGAGUGGACUAAUGUUACACCUACUGUACUUUCGAAAAUUAACCGUAAAUUACACUUGCAACCUCAAAAUCCCAUUUCCAUUAUUCGACAAUUAAUCGAAUCCAACUUUCAAGACUUUCAAAAAUUUAACAAUCAUAGUCCAAUUGUGACUACGAAACAGAAUUUUGAUGAUCUCUUCAUUCCAAAAGACCAUCCUAGCCGUACAAAAUCAGAUAACUAUUAUUUCAAUAAGGAUGUUGUAUUGCGUGCCCAUACCUCAGCACAUCAAAUUCAAGGUUUGAUGUCGGGGAGCCGUAAGUUUUUAGUCAGUGGUGACGUCUAUCGUCGUGAUGAGAUUGAUGCAUCCCAUUAUCCCGUAUUUCAUCAAAUAGAAGGUGUCUUUUAUACAGAUAAUGAUAUUCAACAACUUGGAACGGAGCUAAAGCAACUUCAAGAAGAUAAAAAGACGACUAAUAUUCAACUUGUCGACGAUACUGUGAUUAAGCCAGAGAAUCCUUACCAGACCUGUCAUCAACCAGAGGCUGUAGACCUGAUUGCAACUCAUCUUAAACACUCCAUCAAUAGUAUGAUUCGAAAUAUCUUUGCUGACGAACCCAAUCUAAAGGUACGAUGGAUUGAUGCCUAUUUUCCAUUUACGAGCCCCAGUUGGGAAGUAGAAAUUGAGUAUAAAGGAGAAUGGCUUGAGGUAUUAGGAUGUGGUGUUGUGAAUCAGAAGAUUAUGAACCAAGCUCAUUUAGAUGAUAAAAUUGGAUGGGCAUUUGGUAUGGGAUUAGAACGAUUAGCGAUGGUAUUAUUUGGUAUUCCAGAUAUUCGAUUAUUUUGGACUGAAGAUGAAAGAUUUAUUAAUCAAUUCGAGCCAGGAAAGAUCAACAAAUUUAUGCCAUUUUCAAAGUAUCCACCUUGUAUCAAAGAUAUUUCAUUCUGGAUAUCUGAAAAUAAAUGGCAUGAAAAUGAUUUCUGUGAAUUAGUACGAGGAGUAGCUGGUGACUUGGUAGAGACUGUUGAAUUGAUUGAUGAUUUUACACAUCCAAAGACUAAUAGACGAAGCUUAUGUUACCGUAUUAACUAUAGAUCUAUGGAUAGAAAUGUUACUAAUGAAGAAAUAAAUAUAAUACAAGAGAAUGUUCGUAAUACAGUAAGAGAUGAAUUUAAUGUAGAACUUCGAUAAAUUAAAU